AUUCUUGGGGAGCUUCCACACACCACCAAGCUUUUCUUUGUUUAAUCAUCAAUUACUCGUACUUAUUUCUAUCUCUUUCUCUCUCACACACACGCACCGCUACUUGAACAAUCUGAUAUAUCGACUGCAAAUAAUAAUUCAAUUGUGAAAGGAAGAGAAGAAGAAAUUGAAAUGGGAGUUGAUUAUUAUAAGAUAUUGGAAGUUGAUAAGAAUGCUAAAGAUGAUGAUUUGAAGAAAGCUUACAGGAAGCUUGCUAUGAAAUGGCAUCCUGAUAAAAACCCCAAUAACAAAACCAAUGCUGAAGCCAAAUUCAAACAGAUUUCUGAAGCUUAUGAUGUUUUGAGUGAUCCUCAAAAGAGAGCAAUAUAUGAUCAGUACGGUGAAGAAGGGCUGAAAGGACAAGUGCCACCGCCGGAUGCUGCGGGUGGUCCUGGCGGCGGUGCCACCUACUUUUCAACUGGUGGAGGCACACCCUUCACAUUUAAUCCGAGAAGCGCGGAUGAUAUAUUUGCAGAGUUUUUCGGGUUUAGGGGUGGUGCUGGUAGUGGACCAGGAGAUGGCAUGAGGGGGACAAGGUUUUCGAGUAGUAUGUUUGGUGAUAAUAUGGGUGGGUUUGAUAGUAUUUUCAGCUCGUUUGGUGGUGGCGGCAGUGGUGCUGGAGUUGGAUCGGGUACCAGGAAAGCUGCCCCAAUUGAGAGGAGCCUUCCUUGUACCCUUGAAGAGCUUUAUAAGGGUACUACAAAGAGAAUGAAGAUAUCAAGAGACAUUGCUGACAUUAGUGGCAAGACAAUGACAGUGGAGGAGAUAUUAAACAUUAACGUAAAACCUGGAUGGAAGAAAGGCACCAAAAUCACCUUCCCAGAGAAAGGAAACGAGCAACCAAACAUGAUACCCGCAGAUCUGAUAUUCGUCAUCGAUGAAAAACCGCAUACCACUUUUACUCGUGAUGGCAAUGAUCUGGUUGUAACACGGCGGAUAACUUUGGCUGAGGCGUUGACUGGUUGCACUGUCCAAUUGACCACCCUUGACGGCAGGAACCUCACAAUCCCGAUAAAUAAUGUAAUCCAUCCUGAUUAUGAGGAAGUAGUCCCUAGAGAAGGGAUGCCUAUUUCAAAAGACCCGACUAAGAAAGGGAAUCUCAGGAUCAAAUUCAACAUCAAGUUCCCUUCGAGAUUGAACGCUUCUCAAAAGAGCAUGAUUAAAGAACUGCUUAACGGUUAGAUGAUCUGAUGAUGUAUGCAAAAUGCAAUAAUGGGUUCUUCCUUAUAAGUUUUAGAGUUCGAUUCAAAAUUUACAUACAUUGUAACAAAUAAAGUAUACUUGAGAUUAAUCUAGUGUGGUGGUUGUACCAUGUAAAGUGACUCACUUGCACCAUCUCUUCUCUUAUGGGAAUUUUCUUGAUUACAAUUAA